AUGGAUUACAGCGAGUUUUUCCCAGAAAUGUCCCCGAUGGACGAAAUUUUGGAGAGGGAUUUCUCGAACGAUGUUUGCGGUCCAGAUUGGUCACACAACCAUAGACUGGGAGAUCUGGUUGGCGAAGAUAACUUCGAGAAUGUUUUGUUGCAAACAAGACUUGAUUUGGACAACUUCGAGACCGAAUCAAUCGCUAGUAGCGAGCCUCAGAGCCCACUGGAUUUGCAAGUUGGCAAAAACCAACUAUUUACCGACGACGAAUUGAUUAGUAUCUCUAUAAGACUUCUGAACCAGCAAUUGAAGAAUUUGCCAAAAGCGGAGGCGAAGCAAAUUAGAAAACGGAGGAGAAGCCUGAAGAAUCGUGGCUAUGCUACAGUCUGUCGACAAAGGCGCACGGCACUGAAAGAAAGCCUCGAACAGCAAAACAAGCGAUUGAAAUUGGAGUUGAAAGAAGCGAAGGAAAACCUUUACAAUACUUUGAGAGACAGAGAUAUGUUUAAGAAGAAGUAUGAACAACUCCACGCAUUGCUUUCGAGCCGUAAGCGGCACUUGUCUUCGUGAUUAUCGGUAAUAAUGGCUUUGAGGCCACAUUCAUGAACACAUUUCCAUUCCAUGCACUUAUAUUGUGGAUGACAUGAUCACGAAAGUAACUUAGCUGACUGUAAUUAGAAUUUCGCAAAGUCCAAGAACCCACGCUCAAGGAUUUACGCAGCGAACGUUAGUUAUGUUAGUGACAUUGAACUUUACUAGACCCUUCGUCGCGCAACGAGUCUCGCUUAAAGUAUAUCGAGACAAAGGUAGAGCUGUUUCUCAGAAGUGUUUAAUAUAAUUGAAUGAUCUUCAUCUUUUACGAAACCUUGCUUUCCAUUUAUUCUAUCGGUCAUAAACCGCUGAAUAUAAUAUAUUUUGAAUAUUUGUCAGUUUAGAGUUGUUGUGGCGUUCACAAAGCUCAGUAGCAUAUUGAGUAAUGUAUUAUGGUAAAGAAAUUGUAAAGUCUUUGGAUACUGUUGAUGAAUAAGUAGCCAGUCAGAUUGAUUUAGAUGUAUGAAUUGUGUACAUUGACUAUAUUUUGGAACCCUGACAUGCUACAGUUGUCCAGUUGUUGAUAAAUUCAAUUCAGUUAAAUGUUAUCAAAUUCCACGGAAAUUUUGUCGUGUUGCGACCAAAAAUAGCUAUUUAAAUCUGUGGUGGUCUAUUUUAACUUUACGAAAGAAAUUGUAAUUAAUGAUUCCGCCAAAAGAUGAGAAAUACAUGUACUUGAUAAGUGUUAUCUGCGGAAUAAAUUAUAACAUGUUAAGUUCAGAUUGUAUGGGUGUUUAUUUUUUUACACUUAGCAGUUGAAGAAGCGGUAUUAAUUCAUAUUUCUCUCAUUGCUUAUGUGUACAUUGCCUUUUGAUAGCAAAAAAUACAUAAUUAUCCGUAAUUGCACCCUAUUUCAUCGUAGGGUCUGGUGGAAUUGAAACGGAGAGAGUCGAGAGUUGUUGAAACGAAAAUAUAGAUACGAACUGAUAUAUUUUAUUCGCACCAAGUACGCUGACAGUACUUCAAAUAUUUCAAACUAAAUGUGUUUUGAAAAUCCGUAAGUAUUCCUUUACAGCAGAAAAGGGAUGAAUGGAAAACCUCGCUUAAAAAGACUGCGUGUUAGCCACUCCUUAAACCUCAUCGCACGCGGCUUUCGAGGAACUCGAACUAGGUUCGUGGAAUCUUUGCAUGCGAUCAUCGCGGUGUAUUUCGUCCAUAAUUAUGUGAAUUUCCCGUACAGAACGUCAACUCGUUUCGUACCUUUAGUCAUCACAAUCAACAGGAUUUUUUUUAUUCGAAUCUAUUUUGCUCCCUACGGUGGAGGUCGAAAUAAAAUGCCUUUGUUAAACAAACAUGUGACCAUUUUGUUAUUGAGAUAAGCAGGAGACAUGCGUGACAUUAGUGAACAUAGACCAUCGAGGCGUGAUAGUCACGAGUGACAGCUGAAAGGAAUAUGGGGUCACAAGACGAGUUCAGCUUUAGAUUUUAUACAAAUGUUAAAAGCUCGUUUCCUCAUCUAAAAUGAAUCUUAUGGAUAUAUAUAAAUAGGGACACCGUUACCCAUUGUUAACUUAGCGACAUUCAAACUGUGUCACGCAAACUCGCCAGUUUAUUCUGAAAAACACAUUUUACCACUUUUCUCGAAGUUAAACCCUUUGCUUGAUUAUUCCCAGCCUCAAAAGCAAAAAAGAAGUUAAAAAUAAAAAGCUAUAGAGAUAUAAUUAAUUACCAGAGUGAUGCGAAAGAAGAAAAGAAAUUAUUAUUUUUGUAAAUUCAAUUUCUUCCAAGGACAAUUGUUUAUUUCCAUCUAUCGCGAUAAUCAGUCCGAACAUCUAAGUUUUGAACUGUUUUUCAAAAGUAAAAACCUAUUGUUUCACUUUAGUUUAUCUUGACGAAUAGCUACUUUAAGGAAAUAUUUUUCCCUUUCUAACGUUAUCUGGAAAGAGUUCAUCACCCCUAGAAUUCAAGGAAUGUUGUUAUUCAAAAGUAAUUAACGCAGCCUUGUCAAGCGCACCGGAAACUUGUAAUGCGUCAUUAAUCACGAGCCAGAAAUUAAUGUGCGUUGAAAAAAUUUGCAUAUCAUUAUAAACCUUAUUUCUACUUAAGUUGUAAUUGUCUAGUCAUUAAACAUAUAGACCUCGCUUUCUAUUGGCGUAAUAACUCACGCUGCAUGCUGACAAAACACGAGAAAAGUUUGUUAAUCACGAGCCGGAGACGGGUGAUGUUUAAACUUUUUAAGCGUUUUCCCAACUUCCCACGCGGCCUAGUACGCCUAUUGCUUUCACAAUAUAAACUUUCUAUGGGCUAACCGGUGCAAUAGAAGAUAGGACUUUGACCAAUUAGGGCACAAUAAUCUCAAUAAUUUUGUAAAAUCAGACAACUAAGCAGAACUGCUAAACUCCAUGAAACUUGCGGAAAAUAGCCAUGACAUUAUAUUAUUAGCUGACACUUCUUCCCUACAGUACGUUCCUGUUCAUUUACCGUUGUUGAUAAAAUGCUAAAUCAGACACGUAACGGUCUGAUUACUUAUCAUAUCUCAUCGACAACUUUAUUAAAUUCACACUUCCUGAUCACGGGAUUAUACAUGAACCUUACCACUUGACUAAAGAGAGAAUGAGAGUAAACGAUACUGAUACCAGCUGAAACGAAAACACCAUAAUUCGUCUCGAUCUGCGCUGAGGAUUUUGUUUCAGACAUUGAAUUAUAAAAUCUUUCAUCUGGCAUUACUUCAUGAUAUUUGAUACAAUGCUCGAUCGAAUUUUUAUUAUCAAAUUUUACACUAAACAUUAUUACGAGUUUAUUUCUUUUCGACUGUUGCCGGCGAUAUGAAACAGCGUCUUUUUUUAUCUUUUUAAAUUUUAUUUGCAAUCCUUGACUCGGCUUACAAUUUUCUAACACUUCCUUGGUGUUCUCCGGUUUACAGAGUUUAAGGUCAAAACAGUCACUUGGAGUGAAAGGAAAGAUCCCUCAACUGUGAUCAUAACCUACACAUCAAGGUCACUGUGAUUCUGAUCACUCAGUCUUUUAUAAAAACAAAUCAGUUUUGAUACAUUGAUAACCUGACUUUGAAGAUGAUAUGGCACCUUUACGUGAUGGCGAAAGCGUAAUGACCCCCCCCCCUUCCUCCUCCCCCCCCACCAAAAGGGAAAAACAAAAAGUAACUGACGACAUUGGUACAUUAGUAAAGUAUUUGUAGCCUAUUGCAUCGUGAUCACGUUGCUUCUUGAAGAGUCCUCUUGAAUUUUGUCCCCUUUGGCCAAAAACUGGCUGUUUCGAAAUAAAAUUUUCAAAAAGGUUCGUGGUACCAUCUAUUGUUGUUUCAUUGUUUUGUUCAUUGCGAUUGAUUAUAUUUGAUACCCAUUGCUGGUACUUUUUACUUUUUGGCUGUGGUCGAUCUCGUCUCACUGAGCUCCUCCUACUACUCAUGGCAAAUAUAGAGACAAACAUGGCUCAUGUUUUCCGGCCAGCUCAGCUUGAACCGAAAUAGAGAUAUUUAAUCCCAAGCAACAGCCGUUGAAAACAGGAAACCAACUUGGUUAAGUAAACUUGGCCGCGGCGGCGCAUGCACCACAAAUCCUAAGAAGUAACUUACCAUCCAACUGCCAAAAAGUAAGUGAGUCUAUCUUAAUUGUGUUUUUUAACUAUUUUCUACACCUCGUAUAUUUUUUAUUAAAUUUUACCUGUUUUAUUUUUACAUAAAUGACAUGUUAAUGAUGAAUGAUGAAACAAAAUGUCUCAAUGUCGUCGGGCUGCUGCGCAAUUAUCUGCCUCACUCUCGAGUCGAUACAUGAUUUGAAAUUGAAUACCCCCUCCCCCUUUUUUUGAACCAAUCACUUCGCUUGAUUGGAAGUUAUUCCUUGGAUUGUAUGCUAAAACCAUGACAACCAUUUCCUUUAAAAAGAUGAUUUCGUGCGGUAACAAUCGCAGGCAGGAGCCAUUAAUGGGCUCCUGUCGCAGGCAAUAAACUAUAGUGAGAAAUUCGUUUCUUUCAUCCUUAUGAUGAAUAAACGAUGCCUCCGGAACAAGUCAAGUAGAAAGAAACAUACACUUAGGGAAAAUCAGUAUGCUAAUUAAGUUGAUUUAUUCUCGGAAUACAUGGAAAGCCAUUCGAGAAUUUCCUGGAAUAGCGUUAGGGGAUUCCCCUUUAUCAAAAUGUAAUAUCGUAGGUAUCUGAUUGGCUUAAGUAGUUCACUCGUAUGUAUUACAUUACAGCUUUUUGCCGGAACAUCGCCAUCUUUCUUUUGAUUAUGUAAACUGUUGAAAUAUUACAGCUUCAGCCAAACUUAAUACCUACAGAUUCACGUUCCACCAUGGAGGAAGAUUCCAUGGAUUUACCGGAUUGGUUUCUCGCCAGUGAAGAAACAAAUCUUCCUUUCAGCUGUUCGUGGAUUGUUGGAAACGUUUCAUCUGCGAAGAAGAGCAGCGAAAUGGCUGACAGAGAUGACAGUCGCGAUAUUCAAGAUCUUUUCGACGGAGAGACAAGCCAAGAAGUACACCAGGACGAUGACAACGCGACCUCAGAGUCAUCAGACGAUGAAUCGAUUCCUAAAGAUGUUAAAAUAUUGAACGACGAAGAAAUUGCGAACAUGCGGGUGCAAGAAUUGAACAGGUUUCUGCGAAAUGUUCCUUGGGACGAGGCCAAGAAGAUAAGAAAACGAAGACGCAACUUAAAAAACCGGGGUUACGCCCUGACUUGCCGUCUUCGAAAACAGCAAGAACAGGAAGAUCUUAUCAACGAGAACACUUCGCUGAGGAAACAAGUGGAAGAUGGAAGAUGGUCAUUACUGAGAGCUUUGAAAGAGAAAGAGACUUACAAGAAAAAAUAUAUGGAGCUGCAACAAUCCUUUACGCUGUUUAAACAGAGCAUGGUAACCCCGAGAAAAGAUGCCUGA